ACGCUGUAUUAAAGGAAUAAUUUCAGCCUAAAGACCAGACAAAAUGCCGCGAAUUCCUUUGGUUCAGAGUAAGACGUACACCACACCCAGACGUCCUUUUGAAAAGGAACGUCUUGACCAGGAGUUAAAACUCAUUGGAGAAUAUGGUCUGAGAAACAAGAGGGAAGUGUGGCGUGUCAAAUACACUUUGGCCAGAAUCCGAAAGUCAGCUCGAGAGCUGCUCACCCUUGAUGAGAAGGAACCCAGACGACUUUUUGAGGGUAAUGCUCUCCUACGUCGGCUGGUGCGUAUUGGUGUGUUGGAUGAGGGCAAGAUGAAGCUCGAUUAUGUCCUGGGUUUGAGGCUUGAGGACUUCUUGGAGAGGCGUCUUCAGACUCAGGUCUUUAAGUUGGGCCUUGCCAAAAGUAUCCAUCAUGCACGUGUCCUCAUCAGGCAGAGACAUAUCAGAGUACGCAAACAGGUGGUGAACAUCCCAUCAUAUGUGGUACGUCUGGACUCUCAGAAACACAUUGACUUCUCCCUCAGAUCACCAUAUGGUGGCGGCAGACCUGGCCGUGUCAAGAGGAAGAACGCCAAGAAGGGAAGUGGUGGUGCAGCUGUCGAUGAUGACGAGGAUUAAGAAGCAACACACUUGUUCUGCUGUAAUUUCUGGUGGAAUAAAAAAGUCAAGGGAA